CUCCUCGUAUUGGGUGAGUAGUUUACGCGCGGCAUAUACGCGGCAUCGAUAUUUAAUAACCGCGAGUAACGUUACCUCAGGGAUAUUAAUCCCGGCUUCGGCGCGUCGAAAACGGAUCGUUUUCUCUGCAAGUAGUGUGGGUAAAUGGAGGUAAUACCGCUGAUUACGCGUAGGUAUGAGUCUUUCCAGCAUGCAUGUACGCGUAUUCAAAUCGAAAAUGCUAUUUUCUCGCGAUUCGAGUUCACCGGGUAAGCCUGCAUGCAGUCUGUACGUACAUGCGCAUACAUAUACGUGCAUGUGUGUAUACAUUGUGUAUAUAUGAAACUUAUAUACAAUAAGCGUUUAACGAUACUGUUAGACUACGAUGUGCAAGUGACGUGGAUUUGCAUAUGCCGCGAGAUUACACUUCCCUCGUACACUUCCCUCCCAAUUAGCGUCGAACGCUAAAUUCAGCGACGGCACGUAACCGAAUCAAUAAUAUGUAAACAUCGUUCUAUUAUCGGCACGAGUCCCAUAGGAUCGGAAGUGUACAGAUAAACAUCGGUUAAUUUCCGGUGGUUCGAUAAGCGAGCUCGUUAAAUUAGCUAACCACUUCAACAUUUAUAUAUCGAAUUGUACUUUACUAUCUUUAUUAUAAUUUUAUACUGUUUAAUCUCUAAUUAUGCCGAAUUACUUAUUGAUAAAUUUAUCGGCGAUUCGAUGAGAAAAUAAUAAUUAUAUAGAUACGUUUGAUCGUGCUUUGAUAUUGAUGUGUAUUUAUUUUGCGAAGCCGCUGAUCAGUUUCGAGAGAGAAUUAUUACAACAACAUUCAAAUUCUUUUCGUGAGAAAUUAUCGCACUUUCGUGGUCACAUCUUUAUCAUCUAUCGAAAGUGGAUAUAGAAAAUUUGCAUAAAGGCGAAUUUAAUUCCGAAUGAGAGACUGAUUGCUCUCAACGUUUAUCAUCUAAGAUAGCGCAUCUGAAUAAAGUAUUAAGUCCGAUUAAUAAAUUAUAAUUUUUUUCAUGAUCUUUUAACUUUUAAAUUCUUCUUAUAAGCAUUAAGCUUGAUUAAUUGAUUUUCGAUUUAUCUGCCGUCGAAUCUUAUUUGAAUAAAUCCAUACUGUGAUUAUCGAAGAAGCAAAAUAAUUUUUCGCUCAUCUCCGUUGAGAUUACGCGUUAUUUCCAGCGGAUGGAAUCUUAUGUAAUGUAUUAUUAAAAAUCUGGUGAAAAAUAUAUGAAAAUGAUACUAGAGUUAUACAUAUUAAAAUAGAAUGUGGAAGCUAAAGAUCUUGUAUUAAAUGACAAUUCUGUGAGCGUGAUAUUACAACUAUUCUCUAAUUAUUUGACAUUUAGCUUAAUAUUAAAUUAUAUGAAGCUUAAUAUAGACAUCGUUUUUAUGAACGACGGGAAUAAUAGGUAUUACUUCCAGAACCUACUUCUACUGAUAAUUCUCCUUUUACAAAAAGAACAGGAAUGUUAAAUUUUUAAAAUGAUUAUCGAAUAUACCCUGCGAAAUUGCGUUGCUCCCUGUCACAAUAUUAAACGCUCCUCGAGGCAUAGAUUUUACGCGAUAUUCUUAUGCAGUAAGGGGUGGGUGUUUCAUGGUUCAUAAGUCGCGGUUUUAUUUUUUUUUCCUUUCACUACGGGUCGUGAAAGUUGCUUGAUUAAAACCGAGGAUUCAGAGUGUUUCCCGGCGAGGCCGUAAUUGUUGAUGAAAAUAUGCCCCAUAGAACUUAUAACUUUGAAAUUUUCCUCCCGUCUGACCUAUUAUCUCCAUGCAAAAUGAAAAAACUGCAUGAUCGUUAACCCGAGGAAUUAGGCCGUGUUAGGAGAGAGAGGCGGCGCGUCGUAAAACUCGGAAACUCGCCAGAUUUUUCCGGAAAGACAGAAAGAGCGUGAUCUCUUGCCGCAGAUUAGAGGUAAUGAACGAUAAUGAAAUGAUUGAUGGAGAACGUCGGAAAGUGGAGUGAUCUCUCUUUUUCUACCAUUUGAUUUAAUUAUUCCCUCUCGCGAGUGCGUUUGGCGCCGUUGUGUCGCAUUUGCGAGCUUAUCUUUUAAUCGUUGCGAUAACUUUUAACGAUCGUCCUUUAUAAUAAAACGUAUUCUUUACCUAGUACCUCCACAUCGUAUCUCGAGUCAAGCUUGCAGUUAUGUGUCGGCAGAUAGCAAUAUAUACGGCACAUGUCCGAGCGCCGAUGUCGUAUAACGACGUUGUUGAAUCGGUUCUUAAACGAAAAGGUUAAUAUCGCGUAAAUAACGGCAGAUCGAGCAAUUUCAUUAACUCGGCGGUGCGCACAAAUCGAAUAAUUCUAUAAAAGUUACGAGGAAGGAGGAGGGCGAAGAGGGGGGGACGGGGAGCGCUCUCUUUGUAGCAGACGCUGAUGCGAAAACGUUAAUGGUCGUUUUCCUCCCUUUCCCUUUAUCCGUUCAUUUAUCGCGCGCACGUAUUAAGGGGGACGGGGGGGGGGGUUCGUUAGUGUAUGCGUUUUAAUAUCGCCGCUAGAGCCGUGAAUUUCUUUCUUUGUUUCUCCCCCCUCCUCCUCCCCCUCUAUUUCUCUGCUUUUUUCUCUUCUCAUAUCGCUUAUCGCGUAAUUCUUUCAACACGGAAAAAUGAAGGGAGGGAAAACAGGACAAAAUGACUUUCGACACUGAGCGAAUCGGAUGUGCGCUUUACCGAGGAAUAAUGUUCACGGAUCGUGCGCGCAAUUCGAGUGUAUUAUACCACCUCCGUGCGCUGCUGCUGCUGCUGCUGCUGUUGCUGCCACUGCUGCACGGGGGUGAUACGAUGUUUAUCGAAAAUCGAUAAUAAGGCGAAUGCGCGUACGACAUAGUUUUGCUCGUUUUCGCAUCGUUUGUCGCGGCUUACGAUCCAUGAUGCUCUUUCUCUCGCGAAUUAUCCAUGACACGAGCUUUGAGAAACGAUCCCGACUCGAGUCAAAUUUUGAUGUUUCGUGUUAAAAAAAAAAAAAACAAAAAAAAAUAAAAAUAACGCUCGGGAUUUCUAACGUGUUUUCGCGUAUACCGCUGAAAUGUCUUUGAAAUUGUUGAAAGCGGCGCUUAAUAACUUGGUGUUUUGUUCUAUUGUCUUCCGUGAGAAAAUAUUUCUCGCGAACAGGAGGAACAAACGUUUAGUAAUUCGGGAAGAAAUCGUAUUGGACUCGAUCGAUUUGUUUACGACGAAAACGCAUUUUUCGGAUUGAUCUAUAAAUUCUGCCUUAUAGAAUGGACUCGAGCUAAUGUUUUUUAUCCGGCGGAAAACAAUUUCAGCGUGGCGAAGACGCGCUGUUUGCGUUGCAUCAUUGCGAUGCACAUUUUAUCGUCGCGUAACAGCACCUCGUUAUUCUCGUUAUCUCGGGCGUACACCACGUCAAAAUGCAUGAUACACGUCUCACAUUGUCGCACAUUGUUCCGCGUUCAAACAGAGAUUUCAAUUAAAAGCGAUAUUUUUUCCUCCGGCUCUCGCCAAACAAUGAACUCAAUAUUUGCAUUUGCUUUACGCAAAUCCCGUUAUUUUCAUGAUUGUUAAUACGCGGUGAGCGAUUUAUUCGAAUCUUAUUAGCAUGUAUGCUAAACGGUCACGAAAUUCAAGCGAAUUUGGGAAAAUGCAGACGGAUCUAUAAAAUUACGCACUUAUGAGUUCAUUUUUAAUUAUAACUUUAAUCAGGAUUCUUCUGCAGCUCUGCCGCCGCAAAUAGCUUUCUAUAUUUGCCACCAAAUAAUAUUUCCGAAACGAGUGACGCAAUGGCACGAAUUUUAUAAAACCGGCUGAAUAGAACAUGAGCGAAACGCGAAAAUAAAGUUGUGUUAUAUAGUUGCAAGGCUCGCGUUUAACGCCGCUCUCAUCCAUUAUCGUGACGGCAAUAUCUUUAUUUUUCGAUCGGGGCUGCCAUUUCUACCUACAGCGAUAAAACGCGUUUCGUUAGGGAUCCGCAUUUAAUCCCGCGAGGAAGUUAGAUCUAUCAUCUGCCGCUGCAUCUCGCGUUCUCGCGGGUGUCGUAAACGUCAAGGAGGAUUAUUGCAGCUGUCCCGAGCGGUAAGAUAUUGCGAAAGCGUGAAAAUCCUAGCCGUCGAAAUGCCGCCGCCUGCACCGUUGCUUGCCCGAAACUGACUCGUUUCGUCUUUCCGAGGAGACGCGUUUCAGCGAGAGGGAAUCGUUGGAAAAUCACGUUCUCUCUCUCUCUCUCUCUCUCUCUCUCUCUCUCUCUUUCGCCAUAGUCAGUCGGUAUCGGUAUCGAUUGACCGCUGCGAUGUCCCAGCGCGAUUGCGUCACGUUCUAUCACUGAUAUGACAGAAUGGGAACGUUUAAAUUCUUCAAAAGUACACAAGUUAAUUCAAAUUACCGUAUUUCAUCCGUAUAUGUUAUUAUCCUUUUACAUAAUACAUUAUUAUGCUUUAUUAUAUGUUGCGAUGAUAUUUAGCUACUUACGUUGAUUUUACAUUAAUCUUUUAGCUCAAGGCACGUGAAAUAUCAAAGCAUUUCUAUCUAAAAGAUACUUUUCGUUGAGAUCUCGUGGCACUUGAAUUUUCAACUCUUUUUAAUUAUUCUGCGAUACGUCGAGAUUUUUUAUGCAAUCAAAUUGAUAUUACUAUCGCUUAAAAUGUCGUUAAUCUUUGAUCUGACGACAAAGAUUAAUGUGCCGAUAAUGUAAUUGUGCAUUGACGCAAUUAACAUAAUUAACAUAAUUAGCUUUUCGUGUAUUGCAUGUCAAGUACGGCGGUAUUAAAUUUUAAUUACGGACGUUUCAACGAAGUCAGCACCGGCUCUUCUAAUUACGGAAGAUCUCGCUUCCCUCGUUAGUUCAAAAUAAUAUCGGGUCGUCUGUAUUUCGGGAGCGAAGUUUGCGCAGGAACUGGCGGAGUUUAGGCUAUUUAUCCGCCGUGAAGCGUUAUCCGCAGUUUCGUCUGUGUGCACAUUUCGCCACGAUUAGCGCAUGUUCGUUAGUGCUUGGGCGUGAACUUGCACGAGGGCCUUCGCCAAUCAGUCGGCCAAUACCCUGAGAGAUAUUCCUUCCUGGGGGACCCUUCAGGAUCUUCGGGAUAAUAAGAGGAUUCUCGUGCAAAGAGAAUCAGUGCCUUCGGUGACGAAAGUAGAACGCGGAACAGAUUGUCGUUUAUCGAUUUUGCGUCCGACCACAGACAGCCCUGUUAGCUCGCUUUAUAAAUAUUUAAUUAAGCACACGGGGGAGUUACCCGGUAUAUGCGAAAGACCGCGCUCCAUCGAUUGGCGCGUAAUGGAAUAAUGAAAUAAUUCGCGAAUGUCGUAAAUCGCAUUUGAAAUUCUCUUCGGACAGAUGUCAAGUGAGUUAAGCAAUUUUAUAUUGCAUACGUAAACGGGUUUUAAUUCAAUAUAUAAAAGUAUAUAUAUUUUCGUAUUUUAUACAAUUUAUGUCCCGUUUAUGCGCAUACGUGUGACGCACGAAACCAGCCGAAAUCUCCGUGACAAAAUAAUCGCAGAAGAAUGAUAUAUUAGCACAAAUUUUCUUGUUAUUUUCUUUGAAAUAUCUUUCUCUUUUUAAUACUGUGUAAAAUAAUGCCAAUUCGCAUUCGCGUCUUAACAAGCGAUUUUUGAAACUAAGUUCCCUAAAAUAUUACGUGAUUUGCAUGAGCAUGUUACGUGUAACACGUCACUAUCACGUUACUGUCGUGACAAGCGUGGUCUAUUAUUUUCUGGGGAAUAGACAAUACCCAGAUGAAAUGCCAACUGUGCAUUAUCUAUUAUCCAAUUAAGCAUGCCAAAACGUUGAGCUCGAUCGGAAAUAUUUAUUAGACGAGCAUUGCUCUUAUUUAUGUGUGCGCGUCCAACCGUCGACGGAUAAUGCCUACCGUGAUCGAUUAUUUGUGAGCACAAUAAUUUAUCGCGCACGUGUCACUCCGAAACUGUUUGUAAUCUUCACCAAUCGAUCAUGUACCACCAUUGAUAAUCCCUUUGAUUUGCGACGAAUGUUUCGCGGAAAUUAUUUUUCCGAUGAGAUUUGCUCAGAAAUACUAUCAUUGUUAGAUAAAAAAAAAAAUCUCCGUUUUCCACAUGUUAUGCGAAAGGACGGAAGAUAAAGGAAAAUAUAUCAUUGCACGCUAACACGCUCGUCAAAAUUAUUCGCGUUAUCGAAUCAGUCAGAUUUUGUAAUAGAUAAAACAUUGCGCGAAGUGAUAAUCUGAUCUCAUAUUUUAUUAAAGAGAAUAUUUUACGCGAAUAUAUUAGAUUCUAUUAAUUCAUGUCUAUAUAAGUCGGGAGCCGAUCGAGGCGAUGAAAACUGAAAUCCCUCCAAGGCCCCACGUUUCUCUCCGUUUCCUCUCCUUGAGAUGAUUUGUCAGGUAGUUGCGCCGCGUCGACCGUAAACUUGUGAACAAUCACGAUAAUGGAUGCCUUCUAGGAAAAGUUAUAGUUGCGGUGGCGUAAUAAUCGGCUGGCCGUCGGAUAGACCGAGAGAUCCUCGAGAGGAGUGGAAAGGGUGAGAAAGAGUGAGUGAGAGAGAGAGAGAGAAGGGGGGAGGGAAGAUGAAUCUUUUGGGCGGAUUCGAAGGAGACAAAUCCAAGAGAAAAAGCAUAGAAACGUGUACCACGAAGGUUGUUUUCGUCGGAGAUACGAAACCGGGAGGGCUGAUUUUUUUGCUUUCCUCGCUCUUUGUUGCAGCUUAGCUGUGCGACGGUUGCAGCAGCAGCUACCAACGGUGGUGUCGCGUGUUUCACCUAAAGCCGAGGAAACGUUUGUUUUUCUACGUGUCUGUGCCACGUUCGUCGGUUCAAGCCGAAGCUCUCGGCGGCACGUCACAUAUGUCCCGUGUAAUUUUAACAUCCGAGCAGUCACGCGCGGAGAUCGAAGGCUUCGUCAGAGGAAGCGACGAGUCGCGUAAUUCGUGACAGCCGAUUUUAGAUACGGGGGUUUUGCACUCUCGAGUCCAAAAUGAAGUAUGCCGUAUUUAUAAAAGUAAUUCUACGAAUCACAGACUUGUCCUCGCAGUCCUCCGAUUCUCGGUUGUAUAAAUUUAAAUGCGACAGUUUAAAUCAUUCAUCUUCAUUAAUUUGUUCAGGACUAUUCCUUCUAACUUGCCACCUUAGCCCAAAAUUGGUAACUUUAGACGAGAAUAUUAAACGAGCACGUAACCCCUUAGGAAAUUUAACCUGUCUUAUUACAUAACUAGGAUUAUUCAGAUUAUCGCCAUUAAUAAUCGACAGCUUACAAAUCACGUAAUCCGCCUUCCACUGGUUACUCUCUAUCGUUGCCGUUAAUUUUUCACGUACACGCUAAUCUUCAAUUUUCCAGGCGUCUGGGGCCUGGUGUAAUGAUCUAGAAAAACGACCUCCACGGGCUCAGGUACACGUAAUGGGCAUGGGAUGUUAGUUACGUAUUCCCAUUAUAGAGAUGCCCGCGUGCAUGCCGCGGCCAUAAUGCGCACAGUGGAUUUCUCAUUAUCGAUGCCUGUGAUUUAUGCUCUGUUAUCGUAAGGGACAUUGUACACGUAGUGCAGGACCUAAUUCGGAUUAUGCUAAGAGAUUACCAUGCAGGUAAAGCAUCGGUUCCUGCUGGCCGUUUCCCCAUUGAUCGUUCGAACGCGAACGCGUUGUAUCCGUAGCGUUCACAUCGGCAUGAUCGCUCGAGCAUGUCGGAAAUUUCCAAUCCGAAGUGGGCCAAGUCAUACGGACUCACAUUCAUUACAUCUAAUGCAUUUGGAAGCAAAAAAAAAAAAUGUGUCAACCGCUUAUGAUAAAAAAGUUUCUUUUUUCGUGGAAAUCUGGCAAAUGCCGUCAGCACAUUAUAUAAACAUUUAUUUAUAGAAACAAAAAUAUUGUAGUGCAUAUUUUAGAUGCUCAGUUCCCCUCUCUCUUUGCGAUUUAAAAAAAAAAAAAAACAUUAUUUACGAAUCGCUCUUUACAGAAAUUUAUAGUCAAUUUAUACACUGCGGUCAAUAUUGCGCUCGAAAUUGGAAUUGGAUUGGAUUAUAUUGGAAUCGGUUUGAACUGACAAAGUUACACUUUCGUUGGACAUCAAUAUUCCUAAAUGAGGUUUCCGUACUUGAAAUAAUGGACAUUCCUGCCAUUUGUCCUCGAAACAAUGUAUUUUCCAGCAAGCGAACCGCAACCGUAUGACGAAAAAAAAAAAAAUUAUCGCUCGAAAAUAUCGCUGCGUGAUCAAAGUCAUUUCGCGAGAUCAAAGCAACCCCAUUUUCCGCGAUACGUGCACGAGCUGCAUUGUGGCUUGCUGAACGUUUUUGUUCCCCGCCUUUAGCGAAGUUGCGAAUUUUUCUCGCCAUUAUCUCGUCUCGCGCCGACAAAUUCCUCGGUAUGACGAAACCGUUCGAUGUUUAUCUACGAUGGCAGCCGCGUUUUCAGGAUGCAUGUAUUGUAUAUUCACGCGCAAUGCUAUUACGAGAUCCCGCGACGAGGAACAUCCCGUCGUAAAGCAUUAAAUGCUCCUCCGAUUAUUUACGCGCGUGCACACCGUUGUUUCUAUUACAGUCGUGCAAAAUCGUUGCUUUCAUCUAUUUAGAGCGGAGUUUUCUUGCGUGACGAGAUGUCUCGAUGCGAUGCUCGAGGAAUUUCAGAUUUCGAAAUAUUUUGUAAACAAUUGUUAUUGAAUUAUUUAUUAUUAUUAUUUAACCAGAUUGAUGAAUUGGCAAGACAUCUUGCAUAAAUUGUAGACUUUGUCACUUUAAUAGAUUCUUCUAUAUAUUAAAGUUUAUCUCGCUGGAGCAGCUUCUUAGUUUUAUAUUAUUUCAGUUAAUCUCUAUCUUUUUUUUUCUUCAGAUUUUUAUCGCGCGUAUAAAUCAUUGUUGUAGUCGCUUUCACUCAGGAAUCGCUCAUUCAAGCGUACUUAUCGACCAAGAUUUUCUGAAGUGCGCUUAUAGCGCACUUUCACGUCGCGCUUCGUCUAUUUUUCAUUAUUUCCCGACGCGCUUCGUUUACCUCCAGCAAGAAAAGCGCCUCCGCGUCUCUCCUUCGUCCUGAACAUCUGUGAUGGAGAGUCACGGUGCUCAAUUUCGGUCAGAGCUUUUCUAAUUUAACCGAGAAUCAGAUCGUCAUAUUUAUCUUUAAUCUUGUUAAAAAUUUCCACCUUGUCUUGGAAUAUUUUAUUUUAAUUCAGUUUAAUUGGCAGACGUCUUUACUAUUUAUUUAUAUGCAGCUUACAACAUUCUGCGACGCCAAAUAAAGAUCGGAAAGUGUACAUUUAACUUUAUUUAAAAUAUGUAUCUGAAUAGUUUUCGAAUAAUUUUUAAAUAGACCUGAUUUACCUUUUUGUUAUUGUAGCAACACUGUAAAAAAGGGUGAGCUGAAAUGUGUUGUAACAACAUGCAUUAGAGCAUGUUAAAGUGUCUCCACUUUUAAUACAAAACUAAAUUAACAAAAUGCAUUCUUUUAACACAAAUAAGUAUACUUAUGUGUGUUAAAAGAAUGCAUUUUGUUAAAUUUAACAUGCCAGUUUCGUGUGUUAAAAGUGGAGACACUUUAACAUUCCCUAAUGCGUGUUGUUACAACACAUUUCUUUUUACACUGAAUGACACUGGCAGCAACGACAAUGUGCGAUAAACUGUUUUCUCUAAUCGACGUGCUUUUAGAAUCCGUAAAUUUAUCACGCGGUAUAUCUAUGUCUGGCUAUUUUCUGCCGGCCGACCAAAUGAAAAAGAGGCAUGGAUUAUAACAAUUGUUCGUUUCCGGGGCGAUAACAAUAUCGCGUUGCGGUUUAAUGGUUCGACACAUUUCACAAUAAAGCCAAUCUACAGCGGUGCUAAUCGCGGAUUGCCACUUUAUCGAGCGACCGAUCGCGCGACGGGACAUCAAAAUCAGUUUGUAACAAUCGCUAAUGGCGCAUCCCCGAUCGGGACGCGCGAUAGCUCGCGCAUCGACAUCGCGUCGCGAGACUUAUCUGCGAUCAAGAAACACAAUCUAUUCUACACCAGGAAACGCCGUGAUCCUAAUCGUGCCGGGAGAGCCCUGUUUUAGACUCCAUUUCGUUUAGACAGGUGCACUUAUUAUUGAGGUAGCACGAAAAAGUCAACAUAUGAUAUUUUCCCGAUAUUCCUUUUUUUAUAACAUGUACACGUGUGGUAUACAUAAAUCAAGGAAUGAUUGAGAAAAAGCUUUUAUAAAUACAUUUUCUCAUUUUGUAAAAGUCGAUAGAAAAUUUUUAGCAUAAUAUAUAAGAAAAUAAAUGUAUUGUCUAUAUUAUAUUAUACGAAGAUGGAGUUUUAAUAUAUUUCUCGACAGAAGAUAUUUCAGCAGAAGGAAAAGAUUUAAUUUACUCCGGAGCUAACGGAAAAAUGCUUUUAUUCGAGUUCAGAAUGGAAAACUUUAGGAAUUUUGCACGCAAUAUACUUUAUUUGCGUUCGCUCGAAAGAAAAGUGUAAUAAUAAAGCGCCAGACGGCAAAAUUUUUUCGAACAUGUGUUAUAAGUGUGCUAUUCGUGAGGGAUAGAAAGAGGCGCUUCCGAACUGUUCUUUGGCUCGCGUAAUAAUAGAGAGAUCGUUCCAAACACACUCAUUCCUGAUGUAUCUAAUAAUAGUGAGCCCGCUCCGAACUUCUUUCUCCACAAGUGUAGUAAUGACAGACGAGCGAUCCUAAAACUUCCUCUUAACGCGUGCUUUAAUACAGGUGCUUUACGUUACUCUUUUAAUAUGAGCAAUAACAAGGAAACGCGAUGCCGAACUUUCCUGAUGCGUCUAACGAUGACGGCGGGACUUUCGAGUAAGAAUCGAAUCACCUCUCACCGCACCAGACGUUUCGGAUGAGAGAGAGUGGGCGGAAGGAGAUCUGACCCGAGUGGCGUGCCGCGGGCGAUUGAUGACUUGUGACCCACUUUUCGAGCCGGUGACCCAGAUGCGAGGGUGCCUUGAUAUAAGAUACCCGAGUCCUCCUACCUAUCUCUCUUUCCAGCGCGCUCUUCUCUUCCGUACUCUCUCCGUUCUCCGACCGCUUCACGGCUGACAGUAGUCGGUUAGUUCGCUUUGACAGCGAGAAUAUAUGGUCGAUCUCGUUCCUCGGGCCGAUCUAAGUUACGAGAUUUUCAGAAACUGAUAGUAGAUUGUUUUAAAAGUGAUGCACGUCAAGUUCCGAGAACGUGCCUUAUUUUUUACUUUAUUUAAAACGUAUGAUAGUCGAGUCGCGUUCAAAGCAAAAAAAUUCGUACGUUUCUCAAUUCGAAUAUGAUCCACCGUCCAAGAUAUUAUAUUUUAAAAAUAAAAAUAUAAUAGCAUGUUGUUAAUUAUUUCGUGCUGUAUCACGCGACGAAACAUGAGUCGCGUAAUUUUCCGCGGAACUAAAGUUACGUCAUGCUAUUAACGCGACCUGAUCGACGUAAACUAUUUAAAACUGGCGUAAAAUAAAAAAAAAAACGUCCUUCGAUAGGCGAUGUUUUGCAUGCGAAGAGUUAUUACCGCGGAUAUUUUAAGCGGAGUGCAUUUUAAACGAGCGACUUAUCGCUCGAUGAAUCAUCGACGCGAUCGUUACUCCAUUUUUCCCUUAUGAUUCAUUGUAUAAGUGAAGGUGAUAUCGCGGUGGAACGCAUGAUGCUUUAUCACUAUCUAAUGUAGAUUACCGUAUCAUAUGUAAAAAUAACCCUGAUAGCGAAGAAUUUAUGUAACUGCCUGCAGGUUUCUAUGAAGUAUUAAGGAGUUUGAACGUACCAAUUCUUCUCUUUUGAAAUUUCUACGAGAUUACAUCAUUUUCCUUGCGCCUUUCUAAAUAUACAUCUGUCCAAUACGUAGUUUAUGAUAAGAAAGCAUUUUUUUUUUAAUUUAAAGAGACAAUUUCUCGAAGUUUUUUUGCCACUUUGUUUAUUUCUCCAUAGGAAUUUGAUUAGGGUUUAUCCGCUCGAGAAUAAGUUCAGAAAGUCAUAAAAUCCUUCUUUCUCUCUUUGUAAUCUACUGUUUUAGACUCGCUCAUAUUUUACGCUGCAGCAAGCACGAGGGAAGCGAGAGAGAAAGAGAGAGAGAGAGAGAGAGAAAGAAAUGGAGAAAGCAGGUCCAGGAUUUGUUUAUGAAAUUUAUGCUAAGUCAGAGUAUAAGAAACCCGGAUAAGCACCGGGCAGGCAGGUAAAUUCGUCUCUGUCAGUCAGCGUUGCGACGAGUAGACGACGAUGCUCUCCGACUCGGCUCAUCCUCGCUCUCCCUCUCUCGGUCUCCUAGCUUUCUCCCAAGAUCCUCUCGCCGAAUUGUGACAGCGUCGUCGUCCGCCGGAAGGAUACGACACCGCGCCGCGCGUGGUAUAUACCCGGUGUGCGCGGCAUCGUAUCGAAAGGAGGUAAGGAGUGGGAGAUGGCACGAGUGGGGGUGGAAGUGCCAUCGACGGCGAAAGAGGGGAUCUGGUGCUCGUGGUGGUGGUGGCAGCAAUGAGAGAGCGGGUAGGGAGACCUCCACGUCGCAGAGGAGCGAGAACGGUGUAACGUUGCUCCGGCCAGCAGCACCAGCUUCAGUGUCGUUCCGGCCGCGGUUUCGUUCGGUCGCUCUCGGCGAAGGGUUGCGAGUUUACGCUCGUUCGGCAUCGCCGCGACCGCCUCUCUUCCCGGCCUACUUUCGACCUACGGAAUAUACGUUGCGAUCUCGCGCUGAACCUAGUCGCUCCGGCCGUCGUAGUCGAUGCCGCAUUAUGAACAUGGGCUAGAUCACGGCUUUCCUUAUCCGCUCGAGGGGAUCGGAAUCAGUGGAAUAAUGUGCCGCGACAAGUAAGAGGAGAAUCGGAACGGAGUUGUCAGUGCCAGAGUGGCCGUGCGAGUGCCAAAUUUACUCUGUAUCGUCGAAGAUUACCGUCGCGAUCGUGCGCCUGAUAGCAUUGGUGGCGCGGUCCGCGGGUAUUGUAAGAUGAGCCCGGCCUCCCAGGGCGCCCUGGAAGUGGAGCGUUACAUCGGCAGCUGCCUGAUCUCGUCUAACGUGCGCGCCGGGCUGCACGGCAAGCCCGUGCCCGUCUGUAGGAAGCAAGAACAACCAGCGACGAUACGUGGUGGCGGCAAGACGCGCGGUUGUUACAAUGGAGGACAGAGUUACCCCGGACUGGCCGAUCAGCAACAAUGUCAGGUGCAAUACGGUGGUCCGGGCGGUUGGACGGGUGCGCCGCUGAUAUCAAUGACGUCGAGUCCGCGCAGGUGUAAUCAACGAUCAUCGCCGUCGCUCAGUCAACAGCCACAACAGCAGCAGCAGCAGCAGCAAACUUGCAGUGAUCAGCAGCAGCAGCAGCAGCAGCAACAGCAACAGCAGCAGCAGCAGGGUGGUCAUCUGCAUAAAAGUCCCCUGUCCAGGCUGGCGAUUCACACGCAGGGCGCGCCUCUGAUUCUAGCCGGGCGAUUUUACAAUCGUGGCAAAGUGCACAGCAACAACAGUAACAACAACAGCGGCAAUUCUAAUGGUAUCACCAACGCGCCGCCGCCGCCGCCGCCCUGCAGCAACAUCGCUGGCAAUUACGUUCAUAAUAGCGCGAACCCGUCCAUGACGAGCAACGUGAACGGCGCGACGAGGUGCCUGGCGUCGCGAAUCGCUCCUCAAAGGCCGCCGGAGGCCACUACCAAGAAACCACCGACGACGACGGUGCCUUCGAACUCCAAGACAGCGGCGACGAACGCCGACUGUUCCUCCGCUGUGACAAAAGAAAACGCCGGUUCCUCGAACAUCGCGAACAUCGACUCGCUCAGCAUCGCGAGUGACGAGAGCUCCGGCUCGAACAAUUCGGAGAACAGUCUGCCGCGCAUCAUCAAGCCUCGCAAGCGCAGAAAGAAGGACCGCAAGCCGCCGAACAAUGUCGUAGCGAGUGGCGUCGACGCGGCUAAGCCGGAGGAGCCGCAGGCGCAGCGGCAGCAGCAGCCUGCCGGUUGCGGCGCCGUCGCCGCCACCGCCACCGGGGAACAAUCCAGCCUCAUCGGCGUGAAAUCGUACGGCGCGCCGACCUGUUACGAACCGAGGAUCUACGAAGCGGCCGCGCCACAUCUCAGGAACUACCGCAGGCCACCGGUCGGCCAUCGCGAGAAUAUCUACGGCGCCGGUUGUAGGGCGCCGUCGAUGCAGACGGAGAUGGCGGACGUGAGGCAGCAGCAGCGGUACGCGCAUCACCGGCACCAUGUGCAAGUGAAAGUGCUGGACGACAACCGUAACGUGAUCGCGGCGCCGAUGCGUGCCACGGCGCCGCCCAAGGGCUACCGGCAUCAUCAUCAUCAUCAUCAUCAUCAUCACGCCAACGAUAACGGCAACCUGCCGCGACGUUACGUUCACGAAUACACGGGCGAGUCAGCCUGCGAGGCCGCGGCCAGGGACGGUGGUCUGGGUCCGUGUCAGUGUCGAUACUGCGACCCGGCCGGUCUGAUCUGGGACGUCGAUCGAAACGGCUACUCGCCGUUCCUGACGACGACGCUGCCACCACCACCGCCGCCGCAUCCGCAUCCGCAGCCGCAGCCGCCACCGCCGACGUCGUCCGCCGGCGUCGAGUACUGUCGCGGUACACACUUUGGCCAGAUACCGUUGUUCCUCGCGUCGCCGUGUACGAAUCUGCAGGAACGCGCGCUCGACAGACUGUUCGACGAGCACUCUCGACUACACGACGACUGUAGGGACGCUACCGCGGGGCCGAUCCCCGGGCCUGGCGGCGUAGUGUUGAGGCGCAGCUGGAGCGACCCGACGAGUUACUUCAGCUACGGCGAGGAAAUCGCCGCGCCGACGAGAGACGUCGGCGUUAUCGGCGAUCGAGGGGGCCAGUCUGAAAGUGGGAAACACAAACGAGCCCUUUGGCGCGGCGACAGCAUUGGCAGCGUGCCAGCGAGCUCGCCGGCGAAUGCGAACGCUACGGGCUCGAAUACCGGUGGCGGGUCCACCGCGUCCCCGAAGGGUCUGGAGGUGUCCACGGAAAUCAUCACGUCGCCCAACGGCCAUCGGGAUCUGGAGAUCAAGUUCUACUCGUCGCCGUCGCCCGCCGAACGUCUCGUCGAGGAAGACAAGUCGUCGUCGAGCUUCGCCGGGGAGGCCGACGACGACGACAACGGGGACGACGACUUCAGCGAUAUAUGGAGUUACCACGAGUCGAAGCUGCAGCAGGACUUCCGUACGCUGCUGCAGGCGGAGGAGUGAUGGGUCGUCGUUAUCUAACCCAACGUGUUCUCGGGCGCAGCGAGCGCUCGCGAUCGCGCGGACUCGCUCGGUGGAGUACGAAGUGGUGAGAGCGAAACGGGCAAACGCCGACGAUAGCAAAAACAGCGCGGAGAAAAGGAGGAGAGUGUGCGCGUGGGUGUUGACGAGGUAUUUGGCCCCGUUCCGAAACGAAAAUGACACGGGAGAGAAAUACUGGCGCGCGACGUUCUCCUCGUCGGCCGUCAUGCGCGGCGAACGUCCUCGAUUGACGUCCGUCUUAUUCUCGCGGUGAUCGCUUUUACAUGCGAUCUGAAAUCUCUCUUUCUCUCUCUCUCUCUCUCUUUCUCAAAGGGGAGCCAGAGCCAAGUAGUGUCCCCGUGCGCGCGACGAGUCAAGGUGCCGCUUAAGCCGAGAGACGGCAAGACGGCGUCGAAGGCGACAACGAGGAGGGGCUUCUCAUCGCUAACGGUGUUCGUAGUAUACGUGACGUGACGUGACGCGCGUGCACGCAAUGCCGCACGCGACGCGCCGCCGCGCCGUCGCUCGGUAUACCUACCGAUGUCGCAUCGGCAAUCCAUCCGAUGUUCCGCGUCCAGUGAAUUGACUUCAGCGACCGAGAAACGGUGUCGAUCCACAGCCUUGUCACGACCGUGUUAGUCUUGAGAGAUCGGAAGAGCGUGUACUUGCGUGUGUGUAUUGUACGAGUGUACCACGCGAGCGUGCUUGGAUAUGCGUAACGCACGUGACUGUGUCUAUCGGGUCUCUUUAGCGCAUGAAUUUUUUUUGUAACAAGUUACGACACGGCGAUCGUUGUUAGUUAUAUAAUCGACAGUUUCUCGUAUUUUUACGAGCGAUUUUUUCUUUUUUACUUCACUGGCACGUGUAAGAUUUCGCUUGAAGGUCCGACGGUGGCGAAACGUUAACCGAGAACGUUACAUUAUUGUCGAGAACAAUACAUCGGAGAACAAUAACACGUCCCAUGUGUUUUUCAAAAUCAAUUUCUUGAUCGUAUAGAUCGUGUAAUCGAUCCAUCCGAUACGCGCGACGUUCCAAUUUGCUUCGACGGAUUGGAGAACACUAGUCGAUAUAAUUUUGUUAUUACAUUGUUUGAUUUAUAAAUAUGUAGAAAAUACUUAGAUAAUUCUGAUUGGCUUAAUCGUCGAUUACGCGCGACUCUGCGCGCGAAGAUUAGCCACUUUCUCCUCCAUUUUCAUUACUGCAGAUGUAUAUUCGUGGAACGACCUAUGGCGAGAAAUCAUGCGUAAAAGAAGCUGCGAGCCAAGGAACGAUGAAACAUAGAGAAACAAGGCGGAAGGGGACGAGGAAUAAAAUAUAUAUAACGUUCCUGAUAUUUUAUGUAUUACCAAUCGGAAUAUCGGAAUGCCUUCGCCGUGCCCUUCUGUAGAUGCGGGACCACUCAUCUCUCUUAUGCUUCGACUAUAUCUGUUUUCCGAUCGAUUGCCUCUACACAAUGAUUAAUCUUAUCAUGAAUUUAUUCUAUCUCAUUCCGCGAUCCCACGCCCAAUUCUUAUACCCCAUUGUGUCUUGGCUCCGACGUGUAUCCGAGAUCGACGCGUAGAAUAUUUAACUAUCGCUUCAUGCGUAAUUAGGCAGCGGCUAUUUUUCUUCAACGUCCAUCGAUUCGCGCAGUGACGAUCCGUGCGAACUUGAGCAUCCUCCUUAACCGUUUUGCGACCUGCACCUGAGCAACGGUUAAGAAACGUUAAAUCGUCGAUCGAAUUCAUUCUCAACGCGACUAAACUCAUUUUAGCCGCGAAACGCGAGGUAUUCUCGGUUACGCAUCGCGCCAAUCAUAACGGAAACGCGUGACGUCGCAGUGCCUAUGAUAAAAGGCGCGUCCGCGAAAUGUAAUGUUCGGUCGCAAGGGGUCAAUUACACGAGGGUUGAGAUGCACAUUCGCGCGUGAACGCAAAUCUCGUUUGAUCACGCACCAACACACGCUCGCGUGGUGGUGAUAUACACACCACGGGGUUUUUUUCGCCGUCUCGUCGCCAAUUCAAGACGAGUAGCAGCGACGUGACCGUUUAAAACGUAACGUAGCAAUUAAUCGGAAGAACGAUGAACGGUCCGGUCCGUUGCUGGUCGCCGCCGCCGUCGCCGCCGCCGAUCGUAAUCGACGUCUGCGCGCCUUCCACCUCGCCUCUCCCUUUGCGCCCGAUCGCGCGCGAUAGUAGGUCGAACUGUUCCCCUGGCGGGAGAGAGAAUCUUCAUCAUCUUCUUCCCGCGAAAGGGGCCCGCCUCGCGUGAAAGGAGCUACCGUCCGUACUGGUAACUGCGUUUAAUCGCGCGCUAUCGCCGCGUUUUAUCGGAUAACUCGGCGCAACGGUUCAGCCUCGUAAUCGAGCGCCGAUAACCGGGCGGCUAGCGCUCGCCGAGUUCGUAACAUUGUUUCGUGCUCUUCUCCCCCUACCUCCCCUCGCGUGCCGUUUACCGUUGCCUCUGCUAAAUAACGGCAGGCGGACCAGAUAAACGCGUUAUUGAUUUGUUCGAUAUCAAUACAAUCAAGUGGAACUAUCGUUGCCGUCAUUCCGUCUCUCUCGACUCGCCAGAGUCGAAUACAUUGAUAUUGUCGUACGUUCCGUUACGGGAUGUCUAACUCGCCCAGAAUUGGCGAACGGCAGCUCCGAAGUUUGUAUCAUUCACUCUUUCUCUCUCUCUCUCUCUGUCUUCGUUCUCAGGUCUCCUUCUACGAAUUAAAUUGCGAUUUACGUAAUCCCAUUCUCUUCAAACGUGAAGCCUUAUAGAGAUUCAGAAUUUUCAUUCUUUUUUUGCCUCUACUUUCGAUAAUGAAAUGCCGUCGGUACUCAAUAUGCUUGCGUAAAUAAUGGAACUUGUUUUCUCAGCAUUCUAGCAUUGAUAGAGAACUUAACUACUGUUAAAUAACCACGUGAGAAAUCCCAUCAUUAAUUCGUUAGAUUCUGUCAGUUUUUUUUUUCCCCCUUUCAUGAGCCGGAAUGAUCGAUCGGCCUCGGGGCUUGAUUAUCGCGACGAUCGAAAUGCGACGGGUCGAAGCGCUCGAGACCGAGCGAGGGUGGAAGGCGCGGCAAGGAAUUACGCGGUAAGAUCAGGCACUCUAUACCCGAGAUAUAUACUAUAUAUCUACAUUAGCGAAAGGCCAUCGCGCAGAUUUACACAGAGCGUAGAAGCGAGUAAACGUAGAAGCGAGUCGGCCGGUCACAUACACACACACACGUACACACGGGCACGCCGUGUCUAUCGCUAGCUGCGUCGUGAUAGGUCGACUCGUUCUUCUGUAAAUCUGCGCUCGAUGAUCGAGAGAGCCUCGGUCGUGGGGACCGAGGUCGCGCGACGAAUCCCGCGAAUCCUACGUUGUUUUGUAUGCGAUAUACGAAGACUAUACCACCUCCCCGUUCUCCUCCCUCCCGCGACAUUAUACGUCAGCUAGACGGACAAGACACAUACUACGAGCCACCCAGCAUCAUCCACACGUCGUCAUCUCACCGUACACGUUAUACACACACACGUGCACACAACAAACUCGGCAAACCACCUAUCGUUAGACCGUAAGUCUAGAAUCUAAGGCGAUCCAUUUAGAUUAUUGUCUCCGUUGUCUAUAUGUGUAUAGAAAGAAUCGCGCGAAGACGGCCCCCGCCUUUUGUUGUCACGAUUUCGGAGCGCGCGAUGGAAACAAGUACGACGAUAAUGACGAGGUAUGAUCGGGGAAGUACAAUGGGUGGAUAUUUUAAAUGGGUGUUUUUUUUUGGGCGUGCGUACGAUACGCGUUUCGUUUUGGAGAAACGGGUGAUGAUGAAUGCCGUAUUCACAAAUAAUGGAAUGAUGGAAGUGUUUUUUUGCCGCCACUCUGAAAAAGAGAAAAGUUUGAAAGAAUACCGCGUUGUUCCUCGUUACACGGUUACAAAAGGUACAGUUACUAAAAACCUUUAUUAUAUAUAUAUAUAUAUAUAUAUAUAUAUAUAAAUAUUACAAACGCAAACGGCAAUCGGAGAUACACGGUUUGGCGUUCCAGUUUUCCAGAGAGAUAUAUAUAUAUAUAUAUAUAUAUAUAUAUAUAUAUAACGCGCGGUAGAGAAUUAUUCAUGAAUAUUUAUAGCAGCCGUUUCUCCAAAAAGAAGCACGCGCGGAUUAAACUAGGAGGAAACCGAUGAAAUCUUGUUAGUAUUCAGUACACUCGCAGUGCUGGGCAUACGAAGGGCAGGCCAUAAAAAUUCGACAACGACGAUGACGACGACGAUGUCCGUUUGGGCUAUAACGGGUGCGCGCGCUUUAUACCGAGUUUGACGUACGUAGCGAACGCGCGUUUCCCGAGCGUGAACGCGAAGAAUGAUAUUAGCAAUAUUUCUCUCUUGCCGGCGAGUCGCACCUUGCGUGGCAAGUUUUAUUGCCGAGUGGCGACAGAUAAAUAUUGUCCUUGGCUCCUUGUUAAGGCGGAGCGCGCGCGCGCGACGCAUCGAUGUAUAAUCAUGCGAUGCAUGCGCAAGGAAAUCGCACGCGAGAGAGGAAAGAAAGAAAGAGAGAGAGAGAGGAAGAUUGCUUUAAUAACAUCGUUGUCGAUAUUUUUCUUCGAGGAUUCCUACAAAUCGCAUCCGAGGGAAAAGGCCUGCCAUUCGCGAUGUUCGUUCAUGUUUUAUCCGAUUGCGUGCGAUGUUUGUCCGACGCUGUUGUACGUCGACAUAUUUUCGGUUGUAUUUAACUCGUCGCUGCAUGAAUGCGCUAUACGAGUGCAUCGGACGUAACGUACGACGGGAAAAGUGAAACACGACAGUGACUGAUUUAAAUCAAGCGACUGCGGCGCAAGUCUAUUUUAAGUCGUAAAGGCCUUCUUAUUUCUUAUGUGUAAGCAACCUUUCUUAUUCAAGGGUUUUUUUUUUAUAAUGAACACGUCCAGCAAAUUUGAAGGAAAGGAUUAAAGGAAGAAAUUCACGCGUCGUGUUCUCUACGUACUGCACUUACAAUUAAACUCGUCUUUAACAAGCCGCUUCCGCUACAGGCGCUCCUUCACACAAAUUUUCUUCAUACGACUUGAGCGUGUAGCUUCGCUUUUGGAGAUCUUGAUUACUCGAGGACGUAGCUUGUAGUAUUUUUUUCGUGCUAAAAAUAUGCAGCUCCUAUGACGCAUUCAUGUUUUCGAAUGACGAACAGCGCAGCGAUCGUAAAGUUUUGUCGUGAGAUAAAAAGAAGAGAUAACAUAGCGCGAUAAUUUGUUAUGUGCGACCUCUUCGCGAGGAAUGACGACUUUACUCCGAGAGGAGUACAAGUGUUUCUCUACGUAUCGGAUAGGAAUGGCGAACAACGUUUGCUGAUUUAGCCGCGGAACCUGUUACGAACAGAGUUUUCUGGCGAUGCGUCGGCGGAAGUGACCUAAUUUAUUUACUGUUCUCUAAGCGCCUAAGAAAUUAAGACGCGUAUGCGAAUGCCGUGGCCGAGAGAGAGGUGAGAAUUGACGAAUAAACAAAAGAGAGAAAGAGAAUGCGUACAGUCAUGUUUUUGAAAAACAAUCCCAACGUCGUUGAAGAUGCUCUCGAACGGAAUCCUCACCACCUGUUGACCGCCCGGAAAUCGCGAUGUACGAAAAAGAAAAAAAGAGCGAGAGAAAUUUCUCUCUCUCUUUCUCUCUUUUUUUCAAGUAUUAUCGUUCUAAAUAUUUGCGACUUUUACUUACAUUUACCGCAUGUGUCUGAAAAAUACGAAGACGAGGAGUAAAUAUUGAAGAAAACAACCGCCGCAAAUAUUAGACAAACGAAAAGAGAACAUUGAAAUAAAACAAGAUAGAAAAAAAAUGUGCCGGUUGGAUGGGACAAAUAAAAUGUACGGCAGCGAGACGCUUGAUCGACAGAUCUUGCAGCUUUCGAAAGCUUACAAACUCUGACGUUAAAAAUCUGUAAAAGUGCAAACUUUCCAUUUCUCUUGAGAGACAAUCGUGAUUUAAUUUGCUAUACGUUUGUAGCAAAAUUCAGUUAAGAGCUCUAGAAAUAUAGUUGUAUAGACAAAAGAAUAAACUCGCGCUGGAUCAUUGACCUGCGUUAGUUCGCGCUGCCCAGCCAGAGUUUCCUUAACUCUGAUGAAUUUUACUUUUCCCGAUCGCUCGUCCAAUGUGAUCGCUUCAGAAAUCGUGCUUUCCGUCUGAUCUGAUCUCUGACGAAGACAGAGGGAGAGACUCGAAAACAGCCGAAAUGGAGGGGGUUCAGCGAGUGCAGUUUAAUGAUCCUCGAUUGGUUUCCUUUGUCUUGUUUAAAAAAAAAAAAAAAAAAUUUUGUUCCCCAUGUCGGCCGUCGAUCGUUUUUUGAUUCUCUCUUCCUCCUGCUUCUCCUUUAUGUAUUUAUUUCACUCAUCGUCAAUUGACGUUAAUAAUGUAUUGUGAUAAUGCAACGAUAUAACACACAACAUACACACGUACAUACACACACCGAUACUCGGCUCCGCUUCGUCAUAAUAGACUGAUCAACCAAGCCGACCUACCAGCGUCGCCCAGUUAGUGCUGGUGUUGCACUAACUCGAAUCACACUGUUUGGAAGAAUCAAUAAAAACGUCUUUAAUUUA